AGGGGAAAUAAAGGGGGGCAGAACUACUAGGAAGGUGUAAAAUAUAAGAAAGUAGAAAUUUAUCUCAGUAAAAUAAAAACAAAAAUCCCUUUUUUGUCUUAGAUUUUCCGUUGACCAAGUCUGAGACUAAGUCUGGAUCCAGCCGCACCUAAGCCCUUUCUAUAAGGUGUCUUAGAAAGCAAGGGGGUCCAAACUGAACCUCGUGACUCAACGGUAGGGCUCCCUCAUAUUCAGCAUUUACAAUUUAAAAUAUGGGACAUGUACAUAGUACGGAAAGACAGCUGUUUGUAGCUAUGGUCAAGACAUUGUUAAAAAGUCGAAAUAUAUCUGUAACCACCAAGCAAGUGGGUGGAUUUUUAGAAUUUAUAGACACUGUGUGUCCUUGGUUUCCGAAUCAAGGCACUAUUAACUUGGAAACCUGGAAUAAGGUUGGUGAAAACAUUAAAAGCUAUUAUGCUGCUAAUGGCCCUGAUAAGAUCCCUAUAGAUGCUUUUCCUUUAUGGACUUUAAUUAAAGAAUGUUUACAAGGUGAUACUGAAUAUGAUAAAUGGCAACGACAAACACGUCCUCGAUCUCGUUCAGCGGAUUCAGGUUUAAAACCUUCUGCUGUUACUAAUCCCGAUUCACAACCCUCUGCUCCACCUGAAUAUCCAUCAAUAAUCAAUAAUGAACAAAAAGAUAUUCAGGAAUCUAAUUUUAAAAAUCCCUUUCUUAUGUACUCAAAUACGGGAGGUAAAAAAUGCCGACCGUUAAAACAAAGCAAGAGCGCCUUGAGACCUAUAGAAUUAUCUGAAGAAUUAUCCUCCGAUGAGGAAGUUGAAUUAGAAAAAGAAGCUGCUCAGUAUCAUAAUGAAGAUGAUCAAGUGUUUGUUAAUACGCCUUUUAAAUUGAAGAAACAGCAAACACUUUUAAAAAAGGAACCUGUUGUUUUACCAGCAAUAGAAGCUGGUAGACGUCCGCCCCCUCCUGACAUAUACCAUCAAAUAUCACCUCACUCACCCUUACAGUUAUCAUUGCUACAAGCUAAACAACAAGGUGAAGAUGUAAGUGGGUUUUCAAAAAUAUUGCAUGCUUAUCCUAUAACAUAUGCUCCUCACCCUACUCAAGCCAAUGUUAGAAUUGCUACAUAUACAUCCAUUACAUUUAAGAAUCUUAAAGAAUUGAAAACAGCUGCUGCUCAAUAUGGUGCAACUGCACCAUAUACUAUUGCUAUUCUAGAGACCAUUGCAGCUGAAGUUCUUCCCCCAUGGGACUGGAAAGGCUUAGCUAAAGCUACCUUAACGGGAGGAGAAUAUUUGUUAUGGCUUACAGAUUUUACGGAUUCCUGUUAUGAUUAUUCUCAAAAACCACACUUUCGCCAACAAGGAAUUACUCAUGAAAUGUUAGCUGGCACAGGACCGCAUGUUGAUCUGGCACAACAAUUAACUUACCCUGCUGCGACAUAUGAUGCCAUUCGAGAAAUUGGUUUGAAAGCCUGGAAAGGGCUACCUAGACAUGGAACGUCUAGGGAAGAAUUAACUAAAGUCCGACAGGGACCAGAUGAACCUUAUCAUGAUUUUGUAUCUCGUUUGUUACAAACUUCAUCUAGGCUCAUACAAGACACCGAUUCAGCUAUGAUUUUAGUUAAGGAAUUAGCUUUUGAAAAUGCUAAUAAUAUCUGUCAAUCCAUAUUAAGACCUUGGAAAAAUAAAUCAACAUUAAAUGACUAUAUCAGAUUAUGUUCUGAUGUUAGCUCUGGAUAUAUUCAAGGCAUAGUCACUGCCGCAGCACAACAGGGCAAACCUGUUGAGCAAGUUUUAGCUGCAAUGCAAUUUAAGCAAAACAGAAGGGUUGCAGGCCCUCCUGGUAGCUGUUUUCAUUGCGGACAAAUGGGGCAUCAAGUACGUCAAUGUCCUAAUAAAAAGAUUCCAAGUAAUAAUGGAAAAAAUCCAGGUUUAUGCCCAAAAUGCAAAAAGGGUAAUCAUUGGGCUAAUGAAUGCCGAUCUAAAUAUGAUAAGAACGGCAAUUCCUUACAGUCGGGAAACUUCUCAAUGGGCUUGCCCCGGGCCCACCCAAACAAACAGGGGAUGUAUCCUGUGCAGGUGCAAACCUCAGAGCACCAGCUAAACAAUCCAUUUCACAACUCCACCGAGCCACCAGUCAUAGUGCCGGACUGGACCUGUGUUCCUCCUCCCACUUCGUAUUAACACCUGAAAUGGGGGCACAAGCUAUCCCAACAGGGAUAUAUGGCCCAUUACCUGCGGGAACAUGCGGUUUGGUAUUGGGACGAAGUAGUCUGAGCAUGAAAGGAUUGCGAGUUAUACCAGGACUAAUUGAUUGUGAUUAUGAAGGAGAGUUAAAAGUUAUGUUACAAUCUGAAACUUCUGUCUUUAAUCUACCUGCAGGAACAAAGAUUGCACAGUUGCUUUUAAUUCCUUAUGUUUCAUCUAUAGGAAAAGCUGAUUCCCCCAUUCGGGGAACAGGCGGUUUUGGAUCUACUGACGUUUAUCUUUUACAGCCCAUCAAUCAUCAGAGACCUGAACUUCAGUUAACAAUUGAUGGUAAAAAUUUUACAGGACUCUUGGACACCGGAGCAGAUGUAUCGGUAAUGACUUUAAAACAAUGGCCAAAAGAAUGGCCUUUACAGCAUGCUUCAGCUGAUCUAAAAGGAAUUGGAGUUGCAAAUUUGCCUCUUCAAAGCUAUGAGCCUGUACCUCGGUGGAUUCCAGAACGCUGUGUUCGACAUGCCAAAAACGAAAAUAGGCAAGCUCCGAAAGAGGUUUCAACGCCUGAUGCUGAUACCACAACAACCUCGACCACAACAACAUGAUUUUAACUAUUGGUCAUCAUUACAGAUCUUUGCCUACUGGCUUAGCAUAAUAUGGAUGUUACACAAGGGAGUUUCUGCGACACAAUAUUGGGCAUUUGUUACAUUUCCUCCUUUACUUCAUCCUGUAACAUGGGAUGAACCGAUUGAUAUUCCGGUGUAUACAAAUGACACUAGUUUUUUAGGACCAGAAGAUUUGUCUCAUCUUGUUAGGUUCUCUGUACCAUACAAUUAUUCUGGUUUGUUUGAUUCUACUACUCAACCAAUUUGUUUUAGUAAAAAUACUACUAAUGGAUGUAUUAUGGUUACCCAAUUAGCCCGGAAUGAUUUCCAAAACUAUAACGGAAUACAUUGGUCUGCUCAAAUGUU